UAGUUUGGGAAACGCUGCACUAGAUAAUGAUCCAUGAAAUAUUGAAAACAAACUGGAACAAAGUAAAGGGUCAUUAAGGGCUUGAGGUUCUACUGGAACUCCGAUUAAAAUACUGAUGUCUUCACAGAUUAGAAUAAUCUUUGGAAUAAAACUUCAAAAUGCGGACAAUCAUAUUUAUUAUUUCUGUUCUAUUCUUGCAUGGAAAAUGUGAACAAGAUCAAACAAUUCAGGAUGAAAAAAGGCCAUUUGAAAUUCCUCUCCUGGAAUUUGAAUCAGUUGUAAAGUCGGGAAAUGCUCUUGUUAUUGAUGUCCGAGAACCUGAUGAAGUUUACGAAGUUCGAGUGGAUGCGAAGAAUUACGUUAACGUCCCCCUCAAACAAGUCGGAUCUUCUCUACAACUAUCUGCGGGUGAAUUCGAGAAAACUUACGGUGUUAAAAAACCGUCACUAGAUGAUGAUGUUGUGUUUAUUUGUCGAUCGGGGAAGAGAAGUUUAACUGCUUUGAAAGAAGCGAGAGGAUUGGCAUUCGAGAGAUCUCAACAUUUUGUCGGUGGGCAUUUGGGUUGGAUCGCAAACCAUCCAGACCUUGUUGUUCGAGAAAAAGAAGAAAAUGAAAAAACAAGCAGAAAAGAUGAAUUCUAAGUUUUGUGCAAUUCGAUGCUUUAGAUUAGACAAACUGAUUAAUUGGGAAAGUUGAAUAAUUUUAUUUAGUGAUUCUGUAGACAGUUUAAUCGAACUACGGCAUACUGAAGCGUUUUGUGCAUCCCCUUCUCCUUGAGAAAGUAUUGAAAAUUUAUAUAUUUUUUAUCUAAAAUAACUGUUUUGUUUUAUUAUAUCCUAAUUGAAUUUAGACCCUGACUGUGAAAGAUGGUAAAAAUACGGCUUCAGCUGUAUUCAACUCCCCAGACCUUGUUCCAAAUGAUAUUUUCAAAUAUGGGUGCAGGCAUGCAUGAUAUUUGAGACAUCUGUGUACAUGUUUGCUGAAUACAUUUAUCAGUGUUUGUCAUUUCAUCAGGUCUGAUCCACUGAGUCUACAGUUUUCUGCCACUACCCCCUCUGUUUUAUUGCAAUCACGUACAUUUUCUGAUUUUACCGUUGAUUUACUAGUUUUCUUUGAAAUAUCAGUGACAAUUUGCACUUUCAACCAAUUGAUAGCUGUUGCUGAUUCUUAGUUCUGUUCCAAUAUUUAGCAAUAUGAUUUAAUUAAACGCCAUUUAAUUCUUG